GAAAACAUGACUUGACUUGGUAUAACAUGGUAUCUUCCAUCUAGAGAUGAAAUGUGUUGAGUGUAACGCUACAGUUGAUUCUUUGUAUACAGACUAUGGACGGGGGACGAGCAACAUUCGGUUAGCACAAUGUAAAAAUUGCAAGCAAUUUGCUGAUAAAUACAUUGAAUUAGACUUUGUAUUAAUAAGUAUCGAUGUAAUUUUAAUGAAGCCUCAAGUGUAUCGCCAUUUACUGUUCAAUUCUUUGUCUGCUAGGAACUUUCGCAAUGUCAUAAACUUUUCCAUACUAAUUGUAUUGUUUGAUGUCUUUUUAAUUUGGUCACGGUUGGAAAAGCGUGCAGCCAUUUUCCCCAACACGACUACAGAAAACUCUUUCAUUUCGCUACCAAUUGUGCGACAAUAUCUUUAUUUAUUACUCCUCUGUUUGGUCGAGACGGCCACUUACCAAACCUCUAUCCUUACGCUCAUGUAUGGCCUCAUUGGAUGGAAGCACUGGACCUCGGCCUCUGGGUCCGUUAUUCUGUCUUCCAGCACAAAAAUGCUACCAGUGUUUAUGGUGAUUUGGGACUAUGAUAUUCCUGCAGCCGCCAUCAUUGUCGAAUGGGUCGUUCUCUUCAGUAACAUGGAAGCUCUUUCAAUUUUGACAGGCAAGGUUCGUUUUACCAAAAUUGGGAUGAUUGUUCUUCUUUCUAGCAUCCUUCGAUCCUUAGUUGUGUACUUUUUCCUUCACCAUACUGCAUUAAAGACCAUUCAACAGCCCGGUACUUGUGAAAGCUUCGUCAACUACAAACAGCUAUUGCUUCAGAGCUUUGAAAAAAUUACUUUGACUGCUCAGACAGCGAUUUAAUACAGCCACUGUUGGUCUUCACUAAUUCCAUCAUGGCGAAGUUGGUUAUUUUUGUAUAAUAAAGAUAGAGAAUGAAUGAAUUUGUCAGACUGUCGAAAAUCUUUUAUUUUUAUUUCUUCUUUCCAGAAUCUUACUUAACUCUAGUGUUUGUUUGUUCGUUAAGCAAUAAUAAAUGCACGUCUUAUCUAAGCGAAGUAAACAAAGU